AUGGCAAAUACUAUGCGUGCAAUUUUAGUCAAGGCAUUCGGCGAUGCUAGUGUCCUUAAAUUAGCUAAAGAUGUACCUAUCCCUGAAAUAAAACCUCAAGAAGUAUUAAUUCGUAUACAUGCUAGUGGUGUAAAUCCAGUAGAGACAUAUAUUCGAUCAGGUGUAUAUACUCGUCUACCUAAAUUACCAUAUACUCCUGGAGGCGAUUGUAGUGGUGUUAUUGAACGAAUUGGUGAUGAAGUUACUAAAUUUAAGACUGGUGAUCGUGUAUUUACGGUGAAAACUGUUACAGGCACAUAUUCUGAAUAUUGUGCAGCUCAUCCUGAUCAUGUUUUUCCUUUACCAUCAAAUGUUUCAUUUGAAGAAGGUUCAGCUCUUGGUACACCGUAUUUUACUGCAUAUCGGGCACUUGUUAUUAAAGGCCAUGCAAAACCAAAUGAAACAGUUUUAAUUCAUGGAGCUAGCGGAGGAGUUGGUAUUGCAGCUGUACAAUUAGCUAAAUCACUUGGUUUACGUGUUAUUGGCACAGCAUCUACUGAACAAGGUUUACAAGCAGUACAUGAUCAAGGUGCUGAUCUUGUUUUUAAUCAUAAACAAGAAGGUUAUCUCAAAGAUAUUAGUACUACUUCAGUAAAUGGUGGUGGUGUUGAUUUAAUAAUUGAAAUGUUAGCAAAUGUUAAUUUAAACAAUGACUUACAAAUACUUACACCAAAAGUUGGCAGAAUUGUUGUUGUUGGUAAUCGUGGUACAAUUGAGAUUAAUCCUCGUUUUUUAAUGACUAAUGAAACAAGUGUCUGUGGUAUUACUUUAUUUAGUUCGAGUGACGAGGAAUUUCAAAUGACUAAUGCUUAUUUACAAAAUGGUCUUAAACAUGGAUAUUUAAAACCACUUCUUGGCAAAAUUUAUCCAUUAGAAGCAGCAGCAGAAGCUCAUACAGAUAUUAUGUCAUCUACUGGAACAUGUGGUAGACUUACACUUCAAAUAUAA